AUGGCUACAACAGUCUCUAAUUCUUUUGUUUAUCCACCAUUAUCGACAGAAAUAGCGUCAUGGCAACGGGAAUAUACACCUGGACCGCUCACCGAAGAUGAGUUUCGUCAAUUUUUCGAAGAUGGUUUUGUAAUCAAACGUGAUCUAUUGACACGCGAUCUAUUGGAAUCAGCUAUUCAUGGUAUAGAGAAAGUCGUUGAUGAAGUGGCACAAGACCUAUUCAAAGCAGGCAAAAUACAAGAUUUACAUGAAAAUAAAAAUUUCUAUCAACGUUUAACGGCAAUUGAUGCACAAUUUCCGAGUGCUUCUGUUCUAAUGCAUAAACGCGGUAUAUUACCACCCGAAAUUGCGUCAUUAUGGUCGAGUCAGUCGUUAUUAAGUGUUGCUAAACAAUUACUGGGACCAGACAUAGCCGGUCAUCCUGUGUGGAAUAUUAGACCAAAAAUUCCUAAUCAAGAACAAGCAACUGUACCGUGGCAUCAAGAUACUGCCUAUUUGAGUAAUGAAUGUUGGAAAAUUCUUCAAGUAACAGCAUGGAUUCCACUGUUGGAUGCUAACAAGGAAAAUGGAUGUCUGCAAGUGUUACGUGGUGGUCACCGCUCUGGCUUGACAUGUAAGCACAAUUGUUGUACUGGAAAUACUUGGUAUGUGGAAGUACCUGAAGAAGAAAUGACAAAAACAUUGGGCAUCCCAUUGAAUGAACAAACUGUCGUCACUUGUGAAACUCCCUUCGGUUCCGUACUAUUUUUAAAUAAUUUAAUUCCGCAUAGAUCAACGGAAAAUUACAGUACAAAUAUCAGAUGGAGUUUAGAUUUGAGAUGGCAGAAGCCUAAUGAACCGAACGGAUUCUACGGUUUGAAAGAUAAUAUAUUGAUGGCUAAAGGAGAUGAUGAGAAUUUCAAACCCGAUUGGGAUCAAUGGUCAAAGAUUAACCGAAGUAAAUUACAAGAAGCUGCCGUUGAAGAAAAAAUUAAAAAUCAAAUAGAAGAACUUCGAGAGCAACGUGCGGAUGAUCCCUUCGAUACAACGAUAUCUGGACCGUGGAUGCAUAAUUGGCCCAUUGUUCAUCACAAUAGACACACUGCCACAUUAACAACAAAAUCCACAAACUGGGAUAAAUCAUGA